UCAGCCAGUCAGCUGAGAGAGAGAGGAGGACAGUGACAGCAACUGGGGAGAUUAAUCCUCCUCGGCGCUCCCUUCAUCUCUCAUUUACUUCUCUUCUCAUCUCAUAUUCCCGGCACCAGGAGCCGUGGGCAGGUGUGGUCCAUUACUCUGGUUCCCUCGUUAAGGCACCAUGAGUGAAGCGGAGGCUUACCAAGGAGACCAGGGGAUAGUCCCACGGCAGCCAUCCCAUGCUGCUGCAGAUUUAUUGUCAACAUUAAAAAAAGCCCUCUUUAUCAUUGGCUCUACUACAAUUAUCUUUGCUGCAUUAAGGAACAGUCUCACUUAUCAUUUGCAGCAUUUCUGGGGAGCAUCUGGUAACUUUUGGCAGCACCAGUGGGAUAAGAUCCUGCGUAGCUUUGGAGAUGACUCUUUUGUUCUGUUGGUUUAUGGAACAACAAUUGUGUCGUACAUUGUGUACUGGACAGUUGGGUCCAUCUACACUCUUGUAGACUUAACAAACAAACCUGCCUUUUUGAAGCGUUACAAAAUCCAGCCUGGAACUAAUGAACCCAUUGAACUCAAGAAGCUGGUUAAGUGUAUCGUAUGGGUGAACAUCAACCAAACCAUUGUGAGCAUCCUGUUUUCUAUGCUCUGUUACUACCUGAUGUCUCUCCGUGGAUUUGACCAGUCUACUCAGUUGCCGACAUUUCACUGGGUUCUCUUCGAGCUGAUUGUCUGUAUACUCCUGGAGGAAAUAGGCUUCUACUAUUCCCACAGGCUUUUCCACCAUCGUCUGCUAUACAAACACUUCCACAAGCUGCAUCACGAGUGGCAGAGCCCUAUUGCCAUCACGGCCAUAUACGCCCAUCCACUGGAGCAUAUAUUAUCUAAUAUGGCUCCUGUGUUCCUUGGUCCUCUGGUGAUGGGUUCCCAUGUGGCCACUAUAUGGCUCUGGGUUAGUCUGGCCCUCCUCAGCACCUUGAACGCUCACAGUGGUUACCAUCUGCCGUUCUUCCCCUCUCCCGAGGCUCAUGACUUCCAUCAUCUCAAGUUUAACCAGUGCUAUGGAGUAUUGGGCGUCUUGGAUUUACUUCAUGGUACCGACGAUAAGUUUAGAGCAUCAAAGUGUUUCUCUCGGCAUCUAAUGAUGCUGUCUCUUGUACCGCCUCGUGAAGCCUAUCCUGACGACAAACCUGUGGGCAAAGUCAUCAAAGGCAAACAGUGCUAGAGAGUCGACCAAAGGCAAAAUAAAUCCAGACGUUACUUGCCAAUGUGGUGGUGUAAUAGGAUUCACAAUGAUCUACUCUGGUUGCUGCUAUUUUUAUUGAUUUUUUAAAUUCAGCUAUUAUUUGUCAGCAGCUUAUAUAUAGAAAAGCUAGUUUCACCUAAGACAUUGUUUCAAAUGCCAAAGGUAACAUAGAAACCUUCCUUUUUUUAAUUGGGGUUGUCAAAGAGCAUUGACCAUAUCAUAUUUAGAUAACAUUUAUAAUCAUGUGAAUUAUUUCUGUUUUGAGUCGAGCAUCAUUAUUACAUUUCAUGGUGUUCAUUUUAUUUGAGUAAGAGGUUGAUGAGAAAAACAGCUUUGAAGAGUAGCUAUAUAUAGCUUUUAGUGUCUGCCAAUCACAAUGCCUUUUUCCAGUGUAUUGUUAUUGUCAACACAUUUGUUAUUUUACCCACUCCAGUUGUGUAUUUAAUUUAGACUAAUACAAUUUUUUUAUUGACAUUUAUACAAGUGUGGGAAGGAUCAUGAUUUGGUGUCGAGACAGAAUUUUUAUCAUUUUCAAGCUUUAUAUUUGUACUGUUAUUGCAACUACAGUAUGUCAGGGUGAUGCUUCCAUUCGUUAAAACUAAUAUAAGUAACGUUUCAUAUUGUUUACGUAUGUGGCAAAUAUAUGCGCGUUACUUGUGGGGAAAAUGACGGAUAUGAGUAGACAAUAUAAUACUGUAUACUGAAGUUUGUAUUGUGAUUAAAUCAGAUACUGAUAGGUAUUCUUACAUGAACUGUGGGGGUGUAUUUAAGAUUUGAAUAGCCUAAAAUAUAUUAAUUUGGUAAGUAUAGAAAUUAGUUACUUGUACUGUAUUGUGAAUGAUGACAGACAUCCAGCAUUAUAGGGAAAUAUACUUGUGUUCCAUAUAGCAUAUGUACUACACUAUAUCAAGGGUAGAAAAUUUCACCGUGUUAACUUUCUAAGACACCCUUAGGUGGGCAAAGCCCACCCGCACGCCAGCAAAAUAAUUAAUUACAUUUUAGUACUAUUGCAUAGCUUUAUCAGAACAACAGAGCAGGUAGAAUGCUUUUGUAUAUGAAAAUCCUUUAUAUAGAGCAGGCACAAUCAAUAAUGAAAGCAACACACCACCUCAAGGGGACAAAUACUAAGCAUUAUUACUUGCAGAUGCUAUUUAAACUGUCAAGGAUAGCUUGUAUCACUUUUAUAUUGAAAAUACUGUUGCUUAAAGUAUGUUGACCAGACCACACACUAGAAAUUGAAGGGACGACGAUGACGUUACGGUCCGUCCUGGACCAUUCUCAAUGGACCAUUCUCAGUCACAAUCGACUUGAGAAUGGUCCAGGACGGACCGUAACGUCGUCGUCCCUUCAAUUUCUAGUGUGUGGUCUGGUCAACAUACUUCAGCCACGUUAUUGUGACUCAUCGCCUGCACUGUUGCUUAAAUGCACAUCAUUUAUGCAAUUUAACAUGUUUUUCUUGCCAGUUUGGUGCUUUGUUACCCUUAGUAUCUACCUUUUGAGUCAGACUUACCAAAUGUUUGAUUUGACUGGAAUUGUCAUUGAUGGAAUAUUGGGACACCUUUAUGCAGUAUUAGAAAUAGUCUCAAAUUUGUAUAGCUAAAAUCCAAAGUUUACUUUAGAUAUGUAAGUGCCUCAAAUUAUAGAUGUUUAUUUUAUUAUUAACUUUUUAGCUGCCGGGAUCUUUCAGAUUUAUGAUUUGUUGUUGUUGUAUUGGCAUCUUGAGUGAUAUUUAGCGCCUUUUGAAUAUCCAGCAACGUAGAUGGUGCUACAUAGUCUUCCUGGCUUGGUACCCCUCUUUGAUAAUUACCUACUGCUAUGUUUUUCUGUUGUGCAUGAUCAGCAUAGGGGGCAGCAUAUAGCAGUCAGGUUAUGAAGUGUUAUUUUUGCUGUAAAUACAGUAAAUGGCUCUUAAUGUAACAAUAAUGGACAAUUGUAAAGACUCUGAACAAUGUAAACUGUCUAUGUAAACUGGUGUUGCUAUUUUUCAUAAAUGCUAAAGUAAUAAAAUGUUUUCUAAUAUUAGAGAAUAUAUUUUAUUUACAAUAGAUAAUUACUAUGUACUGAGGAGUAUAGUGUUACAUCAUACACACACUCAUCCAUACACACACAUAUACAUAUGUAUACAUACUCGGGUGCAUGUGGGCAGUGGAAGCAAUAUUGGCUUCUGAAUACAACUUUGUGAGGGCACCUGAUAAACACUGUCAGUGAAAUAUUUUUUGGUUAUCUUCCAUUUCAUAUAAUCUGGGCAUUCACUUACUGGUAAUAGUGAUCAACAUCUAUUGGUGUUUUUAUAUGGGUCUAGAUAACCAAACUAAUUUUUAAUAAGCAAACAUUUUUGUACCACCUGCUGUAACCGUUUUGUAUUAUCUGGAAGUUAUAUGUAACAAAGGAAAGCUUCAUCAGUAUUUCUGUUGCACAACACGAAACAGUCCAAAAUAGGGUUCUGAUAGUAUCGGCACAAGUCCUUUUCAUAUGUAGUCGGGACAAAUUUAUAAAACUGCAAUUUGUUUUCCAUCCGAUGGUUUUUAUAGCAAAUUCUUAUUAUUGUAAGAUUUUUCAGAAGCUUAUUGAAUAAUAGAAGUUUGAACUAUUU